GCUGCUGAAUCAGCUUGGAUGAUGAAUUCCACCAUUUUGUGGUUUGUUUUGUUGUUUUGUGGCUUGACAUUGGCCCAGGAUGAUGUUAAAACUACUGAAAUAGAAAAACCUGGUAAAGCAGUAUCAUGUCAUCCUGACAUGUGUGAUCUCUUGAUAGAGUUUGGUGCUAUGACAGAAAAACUCAGAGCUGUAGAAGCUAGGCUGAGGGACAGCGAAACCAGGCUGAAAGACAGCGAAACCAGGCUGCAGAACAGCGAAACCAGGUUGAAGGACAGCGAAACCAGAAUGACGGACAGCGAAACCAGGCUGCAGAACAGCGAAACCAGGUUGAAGGACAGCGAAAACCAAAUUCGGGAACUGAAAAACAAAGAAAGAACCAAGGUGAUAUUCAGUGCAGCAACAGGAGGAGGAGACAGAAUCAUUGGACCCUUCAACACAGACACAACUUUAAUCUACAGAACAGUGAUAACAAACAUUGGUAAUGCCUACAGUCCAUACACAGGUAUCUUCACUGCACCUGUUGCAGGUGUUUAUUAUUUUACCAUCUUCUAUCAUGCUAAUGGACACCGUCCGGGGAUGCUGUUACUGUACAAGAACAAUCAAGUGAUGGUCAUGACAGACGAUCACCAGUGUGGCUACGACACAGCUGAUAAUGGUGGAAACGCAGCGUUCCUGCAGCUGCAGCCAGGAGACCAGGUGUACGUGCUCAUGCGUGCAAAUACACAUGUUUAUGGGUCCGACGUCCAUACAACUUUUAGUGGCUCUUUGGUCACUCAGAUGUGAGAACUGUUGUAUAUAUCUGUUCAUUCCUGUUUGAAUAUGGGUUUUAAAAUCUGAGAUCACAACAUAAGUACAUCUAUUAUUGUUGUAUUUUAAAAUAUGAUGAAACAGA